AUGGUGUCGUCCACAUGUUCCUCCCAAGACAACGCUUCGAAUCCGUGGCCGUAUUGCCCAUCUAUCGCCGCGGCAGUGAUUCUCGCACUCCUCUUCCUGGGCACGACCGUCGCACACAUAUAUCAAGCCGUCCGCCACCGACAACUCUUCUGUCUGGUCGUCAUCAUUGGUGCGCUCAUGGAGACGGCCGCCUUUGCUUUCCGGUUCUCGUCGGCCAAAAACCCUAGCCAAAAGGGAGCGUAUGAUGCGUCUUUCCUGCUGAAUCUACUUGCUCCGAUCUUCGUCAACGCCUUUGAUUACAUGAUUAUCUCUCGGCUGGUCCGUUGUUUCCUGCGGAAGACCAAAGUCUUUGGUCUGGGAGGCAACAUAAUGGGAAAGAUCUUCGUCUGCUGCGAUAUAAUAUCCUUCAUCAUCCAGAUCGGCGGCGGCCUUAUGACUCUCAGCAAGACACCAAGCUCGGCCAAGACGGGCAUUCAUAUUGUGACGUUUGGUGUGGUGUUCCAGGAAGUACUGAUCGUCUUCUUCUUCGCCUUGACUGUGCGGUUGACGCAAAAGCUUGACUGGGUCAUGCCGCACAGCCGGAUAUCCAAAGACGUCAAACUCCGAAUCCACGGAGUGCAGAUCUCACUGGCCUUGAUCACGUACCGCAUCGUCUACCGGAUCGUCCAGUUCUCUUCCGGCCAGGGAAGCAGCAUCAACACAUACAUCAACAAGCACGAGUGGUGCGAGUAUGUCUUUGACGGCGUGCCGAUGUUCUUCGCCUUGGUCGUCAUGAAUGUCUUCCACCCGGGGCAAGUGCUUUCUGCUGAAAACCCGGAUGGGUUUGCGCUUCCCUUGAACGAGUACUGA